UCCACCUCGCCUCAACCUCCUCAAACCUGGCUCAACCUCCUCCUGCCUGAAAAAAUAUUACCCUACGCCCACCUCGCCCGCCUCGACAAACCAAUCGGCUCCUACCUCCUCUACUGGCCCUGCUUCUGGUCCAUCUCCAUGUCCGCGUACACCCUUCAAUCAGACCCCCUCCAAACACUCGGAAUGUUAGGACUCUUUGGGGCGGGAGCCGUGAUUAUGCGUGGGGCCGGGUGUACGAUAAAUGAUCUCUGGGAUCGGGAUUUGGAUCGGGGCGUGGAACGUACUCGGUCUCGUCCACUACCCAGCGGCGCAGUCACCAUCCCCGGGGCAUUUGGAUUCCUCGGACUCCAACUCGCUGCAGGCGCCGCAAUCCUCGCACAACUCCCCGUCGCCACAAUCCCCAUCGGUCUCGCCUCCCUCCCGAUCAUAACCGCCUACCCCUUCAUGAAACGCAUCACCAACUUCCCCCAAAUCACCCUCGGCCUCGCAUUCAACUGGGGCGCACUUCUCGGUCCUGCGGCGAUGUAUGGUGGGUUGUCGGGGGUGGAUAUGGGCGUGUGGGGAGCGCUUUAUGCGAGUGGGAUUUGUUGGACGUUGGUUUAUGAUACGAUUUAUGCGCAUCAGGAUAAGAGGGAUGACGCACUUGUUGGGAUUAAGUCGACUGCGUUGUAUUUCGGGGAUCGUACACCCGCGUUUCUCGCCGCUCUAUCCACCGCUCAAAUCUCACUCCUCACAUUAUCUGGCUACCUCAACGGCCAAGGUCCGUUGUUUUAUUUAGCGACGGCGGGCGCAGCAGCGCAUCUCUACCGUAUCCUGAAAAACGUGGAUUAUGACUCCCGAGAGGAUUGUUGGAGGUGGUUUAGGGCUUGUACGUGGACUGGGGCGAUUAUUGGGGCCGGAGUGCUGGGUGAUUGGGGG